AUGGUUUCACUCAAUUCAUUCGUACUCUUUUCGGCGGUUUUGGCAUUGGGCGUCAGUGCAGGCGAAGCGCCGGUAAUUAAGAACAACCCAAAAAACGUUCGUUACUUGGCCGACCUAGACACCGGAAAGGUGCAUGGAAUUAUCGAAUUCUCGGCAAAGAACGGAACUACAAAAGUCCACAUUGACGUGACUGGCUUGCCAGAUCAUGGUGGUCCUUUCGAAUACCACGUUCACACCAAUCCUGUUCCCGCCAACGGAAACUGUGAAGCAACAGGAAUGCACUUAAAUCCAUACAAGGCUCCCGCUGAAAAUUGCGAUGCCUUGGAGGACGAUUCUUUAUGUCAGGUGGGUGAUUUGUCUGGAAAACACGGGCUCAUCAAUACAACUUGUUUUGAGCUGACCUACUUUGACCCAUACUUGUCUUUGAAUCCAAAGGAUGAGUCCUUUAUUGGGGGAAGAUCAGUUGUCCUCCACUACCAGAAUUUGGAAAGAUUCGCAUGUGGAAACAUUGUCCUUGCUCCUAAGAGAUCGGACUUCGAGGAGGAGGAGGAAGAUGAGGAUGAGGUUGAAGAGAUGCUCUACAAGCGCCAUCUUCACGAUCACGAACACUCCGAAGAGGAGGAGGCGGUUAAAGAGGCAGAGCAGAAAGAGGAAGAGGAAGAGGAAGAUGAAGAAGGUUAUGCAAAGUACGCGCCCAAUGCUGUCUUGGCUGAAGACGAAAGCGGGGCCGGAGUCGGGAAAAACAAGAGCUGGAACUCCAGCAACGUGGUUGCAACAACCACCUACUGCGACGGGGCUGCAAGCAUAUUCACGGGGAUGGGGGCUAUUGUCGGAGCGGUCUUGGCAUACAUGAUCUAA